AACAGUCGUUUCGAGCUCGAGUUUUUCCCGCUGACCGAGAGCACACAAGCUGGAGCUGAGGAAGCCCAGAAGCAGCAGUAGCAGUAGCAGCCGGAGCAGGAGCAGGAGCAGGGAGCCAGGAGCACGGAGCCAGGAGCACGGAGAAAGAGCAAGGAGAAAGGAGCAAGGAGAAAGGAGCAAGAGAGAGCGGAGAGUAGCGAGCCCAGCAGCCAGCGGUUCGUCCGAGGAGUGAAAUUCGAGGCGGGGCGCGCAGGGAGUGGGUGUACGAGUGCGACUACGACAACGACUGCCACAUAAAGUGGAAAUCCGAAACGCCUUGAGGAGAGGCAGCGACGUCGACGCCGGCAGCAACAGCGACUGCGACGCCGACCGAGGCAGAGGCAGAGGCAGAGGGACACGCGUCAGGCGACCAAGCAAAAGGCAGACAAACAGGCAAAUCCUGCUGAGACGACACGACGAGUCCUUGCUCGUCGGUUCAAACGUGCGGAACACUUUUGAAGCCAGGCGAUAAAAAAGAAUAUAACAAAAAAAUAUAUACAAAAAAAAAACACACACACUAGAAGCAAAGCUAGUCCACUAAACAUCAUUCACCCAGAACAAGGGAAAGUUUUCACACCACAAAGAAAGCUGAAUAACAACACAAGAAAAUUAUAUACCCAAGAAACCAAAGUGCCGCGAAAAAACUAACUAAUAAGCCUAAGGUCUAUAUCGAAAUAGAGUGACUGGCCAGUGAGAAAACGCCAAGUUAAGUGCCCGAAAAAAUAGAAAGUUAAUAUCGAAAAUUAACGUUUCAAGGCAUCUACAAAAAGCAAAAGAGAAAAAGUUAAACAAAAAGAAAAAAAAACACAAAGUUCGGAAAACUUCGAAAAGUUUGAAAACUUCGAAAAGUUUUGAAAACUUCGAAAAAACUUCGGUGCAGGCCAGUGUAGUGCAAUGCCAGGCUUAGGCCGGCACAGUGUUGGUCAGCGGUGUGGGGCCUGAAGACCCACAAAAGCCGUGUGUGCAAAGCAUCGAAAGCCCAGAGAGAAACAUUGAUAUCGGGACUUUCCCUCACCACCACUCACCACUCACCGCUCACCGCCACCAGUCCCCAAAAACCACCUGCCACCUGUCUCUACAACUCCCGCCCCCCCCCAACACCAAACACCAAACAACGAACACCAAACACCAAACACCACCCCCCGGACUACCAAGCUAUCUGUAUUUCCCCCUGGUAAACCCAACCCGAAACCGCCAAGAUAAGCCGUCUAAUCGAGAAGCUGCGCCAGACCAACAAACGGAAAAUGUUCUGCUCGCUGGCCCAGACGCUCUUCUGCGUCCUGCUCAUCCAGGGCGGCCUCUACGCCCUCCACCUGAGCGGAAACGGAAAUGGCAACGGGAACGGCAACGGUAACGGAAACGGUGAAAAGUCGCUGGGCGAAGGUGCCAAGGUGGUGCAGGUGCCCAGUCAUCCCGUGGGACCCUCGACGGGGGCCGCCGCCGCCUGGCAGACCGCACCCUCGCAGCAGCAGCAGCACCAGCAGCAUCCCGGAGGAUCUCCGCCGGGCGGUGGAUCCUCGCCACAUGGCCAUCGGUCCGCCGCAGCGGCCGCCUUCGAUGCCACCACCGUGCGGCUGAACAAGGAGAUAGCGGACAUGGCCCAGCUGGAGCGGGAGCGACUGAUGCUCCUGGCCCGCGCCAAGCAGACGGCGGAACAGCCGCCGGCGGGUAGCAAUCACCGCGGCCAUCCCUUCAUCGCUGGUCGGAUACAGAUGCAGCCCAGCGAGGAGCUGGACGUGGGCGACUAUCCGGCGCUGCUGCAGCAGGCCGCUCGUGGCUACAUUUUCGGCAAUGUCCAGAAGCAGCCGCCAACGCCGAUUACUCUGGAGCAGGAUUACGAGCAGCUGAGGGAGCUGGAGAACAGACCCGUAAAAUACUACGGACGGGUGGUGCAACCAGCGGAGAGGGAGGAGCAGGCGGAGGCUCUUUACGAACCGCUGCACUCGUUCGGCGACUUUGAUGACUUCUCGGAACUGGAGCAGGAACCCCAGGAGCCACACUUGGGAGAGGAUGAGUUGCUGCGGGAACUGGAUGCCUAUCAGUAUCACGGCCUGGAGGACGAACCACUCCCGGAGAAUCCCUACCGCACGCUGGAGCAAUUGGAACUGGGUGCACCGGACUCCUUGCAACAGCUCUUCGAGCAGGAACAGGAGCAGCGAGACGCCCCCUUCAAGACGAUGCACUCCGGCAAAACCCACAACCCGGGCAACUACAACAUACGGGUGCAGCAAAAGUGGGCCAGGAAACGAAAUGGCCAGGGAAUCGCCCAUAAUUCCGAGGCUGAAAAGCAGCUGCAGCGCCAGAUCUUCGCCCAGCACUUCAAGCCGCAGCGAAGUGGCAAACUUUCACUGUCCGCCAACUCGGAGGCCACGGCCAGCAAGCACCUGAAGCCAUCCAGUCGCUCCGGCUCCAAGGAUAACGAGAAGCCACAUAGCGAGCUAGCGGGCAGUGCAUCCUCCGCCGUCUCCUCCUCCACUUCUUCCUCCGGCAAACAAACAGCCGGCGAUGGACUACCUAAGCAGCAGGUGGAGCAACAGUCGCAGCAGGACAAAAAGGAUCCCAGCCACAAGCGAUCCGGAUCCGGAUCCAUGGGAUCGCCAGGAGGCGGCUACUCCGCGCAGCCACCGAUUUCCCACAGCAUAGCCAGCCAGCUGAUGCUGCGCACCGCCCGCGGGCAACGGCAGUACGAUGUGCCACAAAUCGAGUGUCCUACCGCCAUGGAUGGCAUGGAGCGAUUCGCGUGCCCCAUUCCCGAUCGGCAGGGCAGAUACCGCUGCAUAGACGAUCAUGUGCUGUGCGAUGGCUUCAUCGACUGUCCCGACGGCGAGGACGAGGACCGAAGAUCCUGCAUGUUCUACAAGACGACGAAGGCCCAUCUGGAUGUGUUAGCGGAUGCGUUACUGCGAUGGGCGCGAGGGCGUUAAGCUCCACCCACCCACCAAUCACACACACACACACACACACACACACACACACACACACACACACACACUCUCUAAUACACACGACACCUAAACACCCACACACAAACAGAAAGUACACCUAGAGAACUCACAUUGACAAACAAUUAGUUUUAAAAUGUCGCCCCAAGUAAACAAGACCCCCGUUAAGUUAAACAUUAUCCAGGAACCAGACACACAGACAAGCCAACCACCCGCCUAUCCCUUGACAUGAGAAAGAUUCCCUAGAGAAACCCCAAAAACAAAUUCCCAGCCACACAAUGCAAAAAUGCAGCUCGCAAUGGGCUAAAUGGACAAUUGCCAAGUAAGAAAAGCGAAAGCUAUGAUUAAACGCAAAAUAAGGCAGAAAAUGUGCUUGACGAAAGGUAUGAUUAUUAUUACACUAUUAUUAUUAAAAAUUAUCUUAAUGAAAAGCCCAAGCAGAAGAAGCAGUUAUACAUACUAAAGCUAAAUUACAAUUCAGCAAAAGGACAAAAAAACGAUGUUUUUUCAUUUUUAAACUUGUUUCGCAGGAACAGAAAACAUAAUGAGGAAAAAUAAAAUUGGGCCUAACUAUUUUUAGUAUAUAUUAAAUAAAUAUAUUAUAAAUAUAUCUUACUAUAUGAAAUAUAUUUCGUGUACAUUAUUUAAUUAUACGUGUAUUAAAGUUAAAUAAUGUUAAUGUUAAAUAAACCAAUGAAAUGAAAUCAAAACGAAGCAAGCAAAAAAAAGCGAUAAAAAUAAUGAUGAGGCAGCAAGCAGAAGACGAAUGAAUUAUAUAUACAUAUACACAGAAAAAAACCGACAUUAAAUAUAUAUUAAUAGUAUACAUAUACCAAUAACAAACAAUUAUACAAUUGAAGAAAAUAUUGCAUUAGGUUUUAUUGCUGAUAACUGAACAAGCUAAUGAGUGCAAUAUAAUAUACUUAUAUACAAUGCAAUAACAGCAAGAUUAGCGACAAAAACAAACAUUUACAACUUAUGAGAAUGAAGCAAACAUUUACAUAAAGAAAAAGACUUGACUUCAUUGAAAACCCACUUAAGUUUCUAUAGUACUCAGAUACUUUUGGUUUACAGUUCUCUCGUUGUUAAGAAUACGUUCGCCAUUAUAGAUGAUUUGCACCGAUUCUUUGUCCUUCAUGUUUGUAAAUAAUACUUUCAAUUAUCCUUUUCGUUUGCCCGUAAGGAUCUCUCCCCCUCCACACUAGAUUUUUUGAUUUCGUUCAUGAGUGACAACAGUUCUCACGGAAAUGGCAGCUAUCUGUAGUUAAGUAAAUUUAUUUACAUAAUUGAACUAUGUUUAAAUAACAAUGGACUUAUAAAUAUAUAUAAAAAGAUAGGCUUAUAAGCGAAACGAAAAGCUUGUACAAAUGCUAGCUAACACUAAUCCAUUCUCGACCUUUUUUGAAGCCACAAGUGUUUAUUCCUAAUCGACUUUUGCAUUAGUUUUUAUUCGCGCUUUUCUCUCGAUUGGAAACGCUGGAACUCAAACUUAAAACACAACCAAUAAUGUUCUGGUCCAUGAAAAUUAUUCGCUAUUGCUAAGGCCUGCUAAGCGGCCAGUUUCCAACACAAUCAAUCAAUUAUGAAAUACAAUCAAGCAAAUUUUUAAGCCGAAAUUUACAAAUUACAAUUUUAAAACGGUUGUGUACGCAAACAAAUGACAUCGGCAAAAUAAGCGCAAGAUAAUUCCAAUGGCGAUUUAACAAUAAUAAUGAAUAAUGAAUAUUCUCUAGAGCGAUUUUCACAUACUGCAUUUUCCGCGUGUUCCUCUUAAUUUCCACAUUGAUUUCCGCACUUCAUUCACUUGAAAUAUUGAUACAGCAAGCAACCGUUUUAAUCGCGAUUGACUUUGUAAACAUAAUCAAUCGAUAAUUGGUGUCAUUUAUUUUUUGCACGUAUUUGCAUGUUACUAAAUCGAUUCGUGUGAAAUCCUAAAAAUGUUGAAUUAUUUACAACGGAAUAACAUAUGAAAUUGCGAGCAAUAAAAUUUCAUAUCUUAUAUACAGUACGUAUAAAAAUCGCAAACAAAUUAUAUAAAUCUAAUUGAGAAUACGUUUACGAAUAAGUUUUUAUUUCACAUCGAACCCCAAUCUCCUGCCCUCCUAUAUCAACGAUCUUCGUUAUUAACCGAAAGUAAAAGUAUAAAUAGGAGACAACCUAGGUGUUUUCUUUUAAUUGAUUAUUGAUUCAGUAAACGUUUACAUAAAUAACUGCAAAAUAACCCACCUUUAAAUAUAAAUGGAAGUAAAUUAAUAAUAGCAAUUUCUAUACCAUACGGAAAUCCUAUGCGCAGUAUAACGUGUGUAUAACUCUAAGUAAAUGAUAACUACCACUAAAUGAUAACGAGUACGAGUUCGAGUACGAGUACGAAUAAUGUAUGUAUAUGCAAUUUAUUGUAAUCCUUGAAAUUAUGCACAAAUCCAAUGAAGAACGACAAGAACAAAUGCGCACUAAACAACUAAAAACCAGAGGACAAAACCCGAAAACAAAUCAAAGACGAACUAAAGUUUUAAUCACAUUUUUUGAACGAACGACAAUUGCGGUAAAGGUAUAGAAAACACACACACACACACAGACACACAAAUACAUAUAUUUUUGGCCUAUUUUUCUAUAAUCCUAACAAAAACAAGAACGAAAUUUUAAACAAGAAACGACAACUUCCAUAAGGACAAGCCCAAAUGAAAGUACAUAUGUUCGACUGUAAAUAACAAAAGCGAAAGCGCAAUUUCCCCAAUGAUUUUAUAUUCCAAUUCCAAUUGAACGAAGUACUAACGAAGAUCGUUUAAUAAUAAUUCAAUUAUUUUCGGUUUUUUUCCCCUCCUUUCAGCCUAUUUAAACGUUUUGAUUUUCUAAUUAAGCCUUUGCGUCUCGCACGCACUCACAGCAAACAGUAUUGUGUAUAAAAAGAAUUUGUAAAUAAACAUAUUACGUCUAAAUUAGUGAAACGUUUUGUAUUUCCUUUUUUAGAUGUUUUAUAAUUGUAGAGUAUUUAGUUUAACAAUUAUUUUUGAAGUACCAUAAAGUAGGAGAAGUCAACUUAGCGAGCAAAUACAGAAUAUGAAGCUGAAUAAAAACAAUUGUUGAAUGUUAAAAGAUACAUACACAUAUACACAAGCAACCAUAGGUACAUACACACACACAGACAUACAAGUAUAAACGUACACCUAAGGAUAUAUAGUCAGCCCCCAAACUUGUAUUUAUUUGUAUUUGUAUAUUUGCAGACGAGAGAGAAAUCAUCAAAGAGAAAGAUGGAGCAUAUAAGUACUAUGAGUAGCAAAUGGCGCAUGCCAUUCGCACAAAUUAUCGAACAAAAACACGGUCUAUCCAUUCUAAUGAUUUCGUCUAACCCGAGUCUUAUUAAUUAAUUAGUAUUUGCUGUAAAUAAUUUUGCCUUCCUCUUUUUUAUCUCGCCGAAUCUCUGUCUCUCUGUCUCUGUCUUUCUCACACUAAUUUCGAUUGCGUAGGAGGUCUAGUUUUAGCAUAAUUCCCCUUUUAAUUUAACGAAAGUUUUCUUAACUACUUAUAAUAAUUAAUUAUAUAUUAUACGAAUAUAUGAUAAAGAGGGAAAAAAACAUGAAAUUACACAAAAAACAAGGAAAAAAUGAAAACAAAUACACAACUUAAUAUACACUGAAAACGAAACCCAAACAUGCAUUUUCUGAUUUUUACUUCAACUCUUUCACAAGAUUACAGAAUUCUUUACUACUAUACAUAUACAUAUGUAUAUUUUCUCUUCACCAAAACAACGACACCUGACAACACUCACCAAGAACAAAAAGUAAGUUUACUACACCUACACACGCAGUAAAUCAAAUUCCAAAUUAUAACUUUCUCAUGGAUCUGCAACCACAAUUUGUGCACUAUUAUACUUAGCCUUUUAAGUUUGCAAAUCUGCUCAUAGUUGUAGAGCAAACCAAGAACAUAUUUUCAAGGGCUUUUAUAUUCCCGCUGAAGAACACCUGAAGCCGCAAACUUUAAGAUAAUCCCAGGAUCCGUGAAUCCUUGUAAUCCUUGGUAAGUCCCGACGGGCGACCUUAGCAUCCGUAGUCCUUUGGCCACAUGGAGCUCUUCACUUGGCGGUCAGACAAACUUUUCAACAAGGUCUAGAAACUAGUUUUACCCUUAAAUUAUUGCCCACGUAAAGUACACGAAAACAAGUCAGAGCACAAACGUCAACUCUAAUGAAAGUAAAUGUUUAAUGUUUGAAGAUAGAUUUUGAAGAAAGGGAGAUUUUUAAAUUGAAAUUGACACAGCUGAUUAGCGGCCUGCGAACGGAACAUUAUAAAUAUAUUUAAAUGAUUAAUAUCCACGUAAAAACUAAAAACGUACGAGUAUAAAUGUUAGUUGUGUUAUGUGUAGAACCGAAAGAGGUAAUAGCGAGUAUAUAAUUUAACUGCUUUUGCUGAGCACAAAAGUGUCAACCAUCGCCCAAAAAUACUAUUCAACAAGUACCAGUAAACUAUAUGUAUUUGAUGUAUAUCCGUGUUUAGUACGCUCUAGGAUUAUAUUUGAAAGCCGCGUUUGAAAAGUUUGAGUACAAAGAGUGUGGCCAAAGACAAUUUAUCGAGGCAUUGGAGGCUGCAUGCAAGCCCAAAACAACGAGCACGAGCAUUAUUAAGCCGGAAAUAACAGACUUGGACCUAAAGUGACCUUCAAUGGGCAUCAGGUGUUGUAGUCAUUGAUUCGGGUCAGCUUUUUAUGACCUUGCCACAAAAAGCCGCAACUCAAUGUAGCCAACAACCAGAGCCACUGGUGCAAUUCAACGCCACUUUAAUUCCACUCCCAAGUGAACAUAUGACGCUGACCACUAAAAGCAAAAAGAAAACUAUGAGAACUUUCUAACAACUUGAUUUUCUAACACAGAUAUUUGAGUAUGUUGAAGGGUCUUGCGUGCAAAUUGCUGAAAAUAAAUUGUUGGUUACGACAAUUUGACCGGAAAACGGAGAAGAGCUUCACAGUGUUUUGUAACUUCAA